ACAUAUGUGUGGAUGAGUGCACAGGUCACAUUGCUUCCCCACUACGAGACUGGACAACGGGAGACGUGUGUCCAGAUAUUGCGCAAUCCCUCUUUGCCACCAUCUAAACUUGAUGUUGUGCAGUCUCCGCUUUUAGUUGCGUCGGGCGGUUGAGAGCGGACAAGACAAAAUGAAGGCGAUAAGCCAAAGCUGUGCGCUAUUAUUGUGGAUGCAUGCGUUGACCUUUGUGAAAUGUCGAGAUUGUACACUUGAAGCGUUUCGGAACGGUCCCCUUUUUGAUGCCAAUUUUGACACGACGGGUAUGGAAGACAAGUACCAAAAUAAGCAGCAAGUGAGGGUAAGCUGCGCUGUUGGCCAUACUGGAUUUUUCAGACUCAUCUGCAAUGAUGGAACGUGGGACUCUCGGGGUAUAAAUUGUCAACCAAAACCAUGCGGUCACCCCGGAGAAUCCAUGAAUGCAAAUUUUAAUUUGGUUCAAGGCGACGAUUUUGUCUUUGGCUCACAAGUCCAGUACACUUGCAACGAAGGUUAUCAAAUGGUGAGCCGGAUCGACAACCGGCGUUGUAUGACAGAUGGGUGGAGCGGUACGAUACCGAUCUGCGAAGCAAUCCGGUGCCCUGUCAUCAAUGUGGAAGACAAUGUGGAGGUGAUCGGGGACCCCGAAGAAGCAAACUUUGGCAAUGUGCUUCGAUUUGGGUGCAAGAACCGCCAUGAAAUCCUGAUUGGUUCCACCGAGAUGUCCUGUGAUGAAAAUGGCGAUUGGAGCAGCCCUCCUCCAAAAUGUGACGUGGUCAAAUGCAAGGUGCCGGUGAUCGACAAUGGUUUUGUGACCGGAAGAGUCCAAGAAUACAAAGAAGACGAGAUCUUGUCUUAUGAAUGUAAUCAGAACUACAGGCGCGCUGAAGGCAGACCUUCCGCCUGCAUCAAAUCUGGAAUCCGAGCCGAGUGGAGCCCAAGACCCGCGUGCGAACUGAUCAGAUGCAGAGUGACGCUGCCGCCGAUCCAAGGAACCAGCUAUCAACCCUCGCAAAUCAGCAUCUUUUCCGUUGGUGCUACGCUAACUGUCACCUGCGAGGACAGAUACGGGAUCUCAACACCCACGCAGACCUCGGCCGUGUCCACAUGCAAACGUGAUGGGAAAUGGACCAUCAGACCCGUUUGUCAGGAGGUCACCUGCCCUAAUCCUAGGCAUUGGAGCGUAUCGCAAUGGGACGUCUACUGGGGGCAGAGACUGAGGAUGGGCGCUCUUGUGGACUUUACCUGUCGGUCUGGAUUCAGGAGGACAGAUGGUGCCUCACAAGUCAAAUGCACCAGAGAUGGCUGGAUCCCAAAUCCACCCUGCCAAGAAAUAACAUGUGACAGCAACGAUAUCCGGAGCGCAAACAUUGCUGCUGGCUACAAGCAAAUUUACAGAAACGACGAAAGGGCCUAUUUUACCUGCAAAGGUUCUCAAGAUCGGUUUAGUCUAACUUGUUCAGCAGAUGGUUGGCGCGGAAAUGUGUAUUGUCGAGGACACCAAUGCAAACAACUGGAGCUCAGCAAUGCAAACAUUAUCCGCAAUCAGAAGGUCUUUUACAACCAAGGCGACCGUGUGCAAUACGCCUGCGCAAAUGAUGCCGAUCGACAGUUCACCGUCAAGUGUGGUUUUGACGGUUGGACUGGCAUUCAGAACUGUUCAGCAUGUCUCCAACCUGAUGUGCUCCACGGCUUUGCCGUCCGUCCGGCGCAAGACACGCUCUACUACACGUGCGACGAAGGCUAUAAGCUUCCCACCAAAGGGUGGUGGGGUCAAGCCACAUGCAUCGACGGUCUGUGGUAUGGGCUGGAACAAUGCAUGGAAAGCAAUAAGUGCGGGGAGAUACCUGCGAUUGCCAAUGCCAAAAUCAAACACGAAAGGCAGAGACAUGGAGAAGUUGACAGCCUCCAGAUUAUUUGCAUGGCUGGAUACCAAAGUCAGAUUGAACGUUUAUUGUGUCUGGAUGGAAAAUGGGAUUCCAAUGGUUUACCCUUUAACUCAAUCUGCACUCUUGUUGCCGGGACCUGCAGCCCGCCUCCUAAAGUUGAGAACGCUGUCAUUUGGACGGCAUUUCAGCGGGAAUACUUGUCUGACUCCAAAGUGACCUUCAAGUGUCGGGAGAACUUCAUGAUGGAAGGAACGGACACAAUCACGUGUCAAAACAGCCAGUGGGACAUGGGGGACAUCAAGUGUUCACCAUACUGCUCCAAGCCCAAAACUGUGGACCAAAUCAUGACCUUCGGUGACAAUAAAGAGAAAUACGGCAACGGUGAGGUCAUAGAGUACCGCUGCAAACAACCGAGUGAAAAAAGUGGCGGCUCGGCGACCUGCGUAGAUGGCCAGUGGAGCGAAGCCAUUCGGUGUGGAGCAUGCGCGACGCUGCCAGAGGUUCCGCACGGCUUCAUGUCAGAGGUCACAAAGACUGAGUUUCAAGAAGAAGAUGUGAUACUUUUCAUUUGCGAGACUGGUUACCUGUCAGGGCUCCCCAUCAGGUAUAAAUGUACACGUGACGGCUGGGCGGCAGUCCAUCAAGGACUUUGCUUCUUGAAGCCAUGUCCACUUCCUGAAAGCAUUCCCAAUGGCUAUUAUCAAAUUGUCCAGGGGGACGACUUUGUUUUUGGGGCAACUAUCAAAUACUUUUGCAAUGUGGGUUAUCAAAUGGUGAGUAAGAUAGAUACCAGGACCUGUUUGCUGGACAAAUGGACCAACCACGCGCCGAUAUGUGAACCUUUGAGGUGUGAGGUACCGCCCGCGCAGAGAGGGAUCACAAUCAUCGGUUUACCAGACAAUGGAGCGGGAGUCCUUCCUGAUCACUUCCUCACGUUUAGCUGUGACCUUCCCGGGAAGCAACUGAGCGGCAGCCCGCUGGUAGUAUGUGGUCGAGAUGGAGUUUGGGAUAAGCCGUUCCCAUCUUGUGAAGACAUUGCUUGUAAAGUCGGAGAGCUACACCCUCAGCUUACGGCUCACGGGUUGCAACCGGGGAUUCAAACAAUUCAAAUUGGACAUCAGUUAAGGUUUCGCUGCGGUGAUGAUUAUACCUUGGAUGGAUCUGAAGAUAUUGAAUGCUUACCGAGCGGGCAGUGGAACAACCCUUUCCCAACAUGCGCUGAACCAUGCCAGCUCACGGGCAUCCCCGACAGUGUUCAAUUGAGCACUCAUCUCAGAGGCGCGCAAGUACAAAAGGGACAAAAAUUGGAGUUUUACUGUCGCCUUCGUAGUCAGUUGCUUCAAGGAAAAGCAGAGGUGGAAUGUCUGUCCAAUGGCCAGUGGAGCAAUCCCUUUCCAACAUGUGGAGCCCCUUCGCAAUGUGACCGUCCACCUCACCUUGCCGGUGGGGACACGGCAGACUCUACUAAAUUCAGUUACAACCAUAAUGAGAAGGUCAAGUACAUUUGCCAGAAUUACUACGUGAUGAAAGGGGGGCCCGAGAAGACCUGCAGCAAUGGACAAUGGCUUGGCGACAUCACAUGCCUCAAGCCCUGCACAGUCAACAGAGAACUAAUGAGCACGCACAACAUUGCAUUCCGAUACACCCGUGACGAUAAAUUGUACUCUGCCCAUGAUGAUGAAAUCGGGUUCAGGUGUACUCCUGGAAAAAGACAUAACGGCGAGGUGAAUAUGCGACAGAAGUGCAUCGAUGGAGUCAUGGAACUGCCGAGCUGCCAGUAGCUGAGACGUUGGGACGGAUGAAUGUCAAGAAACAUCUACUGUGCGCAGUGUGUCGCUCCCUUGCCUGUUUGUUUUCAAUAAAUAAAUUGGGAAAAAAAAA